CUCGCCGCUCUCUGAUUGGACCAACUACCCGGAAGCAAGAACCGGCUACCACAUAGCACACCGCCAUCGCCGGAAAAUCUCUAAGCAUGGCUGCCAUUGGAGUCCACUUUGGUUACACAUGUGCUUGCGUGGCGAUAUUUAAGGAUGGGCGAGCCGAUGUGAUCGCCAAUGAUGCCGGCGACAGAGUCACCCCCUCUGUGGUGGCGUACCGGGAAACAGAGCAGAUUGUAGGCAUUGCAGCAAAGCAAGGGAGAGUCCGCAAUGCCACCAACACUGUGGUCAAAGUCAAACAGUUGUUGGGCAGAACCUCGGUAGACCCUGAGGCAAACGCCCAUAAAGCAGAGAGUAAAUGUCCUGUGGUGAGCAAGGGCGAGAAGCUGUACUACGAGAUCACCGCCGGAGAGCAGACCAAGCUGGUCACCCCUGACGCCGUCGCCAAGCUGGUCCUCGAAAAGAUGAGGGAAACGGCUCAGGCGGCGCUGGGCUCUGACGUCACGGACGCCGUCAUCACGGUGCCCUUUGAGUUCUCCCAGGCCCAGAAGACCGCCUUAAGGGAGGCGGCGGAGGCGGCAGGCUUCAACGUGCUGAGGUUGAUCCACGAGCCUUCUGCUGCCCUGUUGGCGUACAACAUCGGGCAGGAGUUCCCCUCAGGGAAGAGCCACGUGCUGGUCUACAAGCUGGGCGGAACGUCCCUGAGCGUGACGGCGCUGCAGGUGAACGGCGGGAUGUUCCGGGUGCUGGACACGCUGACGGACCACAGCGUGGGCGGGGAGAGCUACACCGACGCCCUGGCCCUGCACCUGGCCGCCGAGUUCAAACGGUCCUUCAAGCAGGACAUCAGCAACAACGCGCGGGCCAUGAUGAAGCUCACCAACGGGGCGGACCACGCCAAGCACUCCCUCUCCUCCCUGACCUCGGCCAACUGCUUCGUGGACUCCCUCCACGACGGCAUGGACUUCGACUGCAACAUCUCCAGAGCUCGCUUCGAGCAGCUUUGCUCGUCCCUGCUCAGCAAGAGCAUCCAGCCGAUCAAAACCCUACUGGAGACGGUGGGACUCUCGGCCCGGGACUUCAGCCAGGUGGUGCUGUGCGGCGGCUCGGCCAGGAUCCCGCGCCUCCAGAAGAUGAUCCAGGACCUGUUCCCCGACGUGGAGCAGCUGUGCUCCACCCCCCCGGACGAGGUCAUCGCCAUGGGCGCCGCCCUGGAGGCGGGGCUUCUGGCGGGCAAGGACGGCCCCUGCCCGGACGACGAGUCGGUCGCCGUGGAAGUGUGCUCCGCCGACAUCCUGGUCAAGGAGCAGGACGAAUCAGGCGCGGAGGUGUUCAACGUGCUGCUGCCGUCGGGCACACCCCUCCCUGCGCGGCGCGUCCACACCCUGCAGGGCCCGGGCGCGCUGGCCUCCCUCUGCGUGGAGCUCUACCAGCGGGUGGCGCUGCAGCCCCAGACUCUGGCCCGGAUCGUCCUCAGAGACCUCGAGCCCAAGGAGGAGAACCACGACAUCGACACGGUGUUGACCAUGAAGAGGGACGGUUCCCUCCAUGUGUCCUGUGUAGAUCAAAGCAGUGGCAGGUCAGAGGUCGUCACCAUAGCAGCAGCAUCCUGAGACACCCCCCCCCCUCCUGCUAGCACACUGUGUACAAAGUCUUCUCUUUUUUUCACUCAAUAAAACGUUUUCAGACCCAAACUGUA